AUAUUUAAAAUAUAUUAAACCCCCUCUUUUUAUAAUUAUCCAGUAUACACACAUCAUAAAUUCAUAACAACCAAAUUUCUGUCCAAAAACACACAUUCACACACACAUAUUCACCACCUGCUCUCUCUCUCUCUCCCUCUCCCUCUCUCUCUCGCUCAAGAUGCAUUCUCAUCACUUGCUUCUCGAGGAGCCUAUACGCAUGGCCUCCAUUCUCGAGCCUUCGAAGCCUAACUUUUUUCCUGCUAUGUCGAAGAUCGUCGGAACACUCGGCCCUAACUCUCGAUCGGUCGAUGUUAUUUCUGGUUGCUUAAAUGCUGGAAUGUCAGUUGCACGGUUUGAUUUUUCAUGGGGUGACACUGAGUUUCACCAGGAAACAUUAGAAAACCUGAAGGUGGCAAUCAAAAGUACAAAGAAGCUGUGUGCUGUUAUGCUAGACACUGUUGGUCCGGAACUGCAAGUUGUCAAUAAAACAGAGCAUCCGAUAUCCCUUCAGGCGGAUUCAUUAGUGGUACUCACACCUGACGAGGACAAAGAUGCUACUCCAAGUCUGUUGCCAAUAAAUUUUCAUGGGUUAUCAAAGGCAGUAAAACCGGGUGAUACUAUUUUCAUUGGCCAAUACUUGUUCACAGGAAGUGAAACGACCUCUGUAUGGCUAGAGGUUACGGAGGUGAAAGGCGAGGAUGUGGUUUGUUUAAUUAAGAAUUCAGCCACUUUGGCUGGGUCAUUGUACACUUUACAUGUCUCGCAGAUCCGAAUUGAUCUUCCCACUCUCACCGAUAAAGACAAGGAGGUUAUAAGCACAUGGGGUGUUCGAAACAAUAUAGACUUCCUUUCACUGUCAUAUACCAGACAUGCAGAAGAUGUCCGCCACGCUCGUGAAUAUCUUUCUAAGCUGGGUGACCUCAGUCAAACCCAAAUUUUCGCCAAAAUUGAAAAUGUAGAGGGCUUAAACCAUUUUGAUGAAAUUCUGCAAGAAGCAGACGGCAUCAUCCUAUCACGAGGAAAUCUCGGAAUAGAUCUCCCACCAGAGAAGGUAUUUUUGUUCCAGAAGGCCGCUGUUUACAAGUGUAACAUGGCUGGAAAGCCUGCAGUGGUUACUCGUGUGGUUGAUAGUAUGACAGACAACUUAAGGCCCACUCGUGCUGAAGCCACUGAUGUCGCGAAUGCUAUAUUAGAUGGUAGUGAUGCAAUUCUUCUUGGAGCUGAGACCUUGCGGGGUUUAUAUCCUGUAGAAACUAUUUCAAUUGUUGGGAAGAUAUGUGCCGAGGCGGAAAAGGUUUACAAUCAAGAUCUGUAUUUUAAGAAGACUGUCAAAUAUGUUGGAGAACCUAUGACACAUCUGGAAUCUAUCGCUUCCUCUGCGGUCCGUGCUGCCAUUAAGGUGAAGGCAUCAGUUAUCAUAUGCUUCACUUCGUCAGGACGAGCCGCAAGAUUGAUUGCGAAGUAUAGGCCUACGAUGCCUGUCAUAUCUGUGGUUGUUCCCCGAUUGAAGACAAAUCAACUUCGCUGGACCUUUACUGGUGCUUUUGAGGCAAGACAAUCACUUAUAGUCAGAGGCCUCUUCCCCCUUCUUGCUGAUCCUCGACAUCCUGCUGAGUCAACAGGUGCUACUAAUGAGUCCAUUUUAAAGGUUGCUUUGGAUCAUGGGAAGGCCUUUGGUAUCGUAAAGCCACAUGACCGAGUUGUCGUCUGUCAAAAAGUUGGGGAUGAUGCGGUUGUGAAGAUCAUUGAACUUGAAGAUUAAGACCAAGAGUCCAAGACACUAUUCUUGUGCUCUGUUAAUAAUCUCAGAAGACAUACCACUUGUGUUAUGUUAAUAAUCUCAUAAAUUACCACUUGUGUUCUGAACAACAAGUCUAAUAUGAAGCUUGGGGUAGGUGUAUGAACAUCUGCGGGAAGGGUAGCCAUAGGUAUUUGCUCUUUUGUAUUCAAAGAACCACGUGUUUUGGUUAUGAACUCAGAUACUAACCGAAAUAAACUCUUCUGAAUUGAUGCCAAGUCUCCCUGUCGCUAUUUUAAUCGAA